AUUACUUUUUCUCCAAGGAAAUCCCUUUCGCCAAAUUAUCUUUCCUCCUUAUCAGAACGCGUUGAGAAGAAAAAUUCAUCUCGACGUAGAAGUCGUGGGAACAUCACAUGGAAGGAUAUACAGGAAAGUAGGCGCGAAGCCUGGAAACGAUCACAAAAGCUUCUUGAUGACAUUGAAGAAUCAUUCCGCAAAGAAAAUAUCCCUACAAUUUCCGAGAAGCUUUCUGACAGUCAAGCAAAAAGUGUGACGUCAAAUGUUACGUCAGAAGUACCGUCGUCAUUUAGCAGCAAUAUUCCAGGAAAUCAACAAGAUAAAAUAAACCCAUUGACAGGCAUUACUACACAAACAAGUCAAGGAUCAACAUCUUCAUCUACAUCAUUUACAACGACGUUAAAGAACACACAGCUACAAAGUGGGAUAUCUAAUGAUUCAGCAGGAAUCACUCGUCCUUCUAGCGGGAUAAAAUCCUACACUGCAUUGUUUGGCGGUACUGUUGAACCUACGUCAGUUUCAUUUGUACCAUCACUUGUCUCGAACCCAAGCCCCUUUUUAAAUACCUCCACGUCUAAGCAAGUACUUGGUACCCAGGUCAUUUCAACGUCCUCCAGCACAUCAAACACUUCAUCAUCGUUUAACUUACACUCUACUACUGAUACGAACAAGAAUAUAAACGCUAUUACAACUGAAGCACUUGUCAACAAAAGCACGACGGUUGGUCUAAACAGUUUUACAUCUGGCUUUAAUGUUGAUCAAUCACAAACCAGUAUUAAACCGACUGUUGGGUUUUCAUUUCCUUUAUCUACUGCCAAUCAAACUAAUCUAAAGAAUGACCUCACUCUUAAAGCGCCUGCUGUCUCAGGGACGAAUGUCAGCGGUGGACCUACGCUGAUGUCACAGCCAAAACAACCAUCUGAAAAAUCUUCAACUCCAAAAUUUUCAUUUACUUUGCCAGCGGUCUCAAAUCCCAGCAAUGUAACAUCAUUCUCUUCAACUGCUGCACCUGUAAAACAAAAAGAUAAUGUUGGUUUUUCUUUCACAUUGUCAAAUUCAACCUUUACAAACAAACCAAUAAACAGUGGUGCUUUUACGUUCUCAGCCCCAUCUGUAUCGGAAACUCAAAAGUCCAGCAGUAAUUUUAACUUUAUUGCCCUACAACAACGAAUUCAAGCAAUGGUUUUCAACCCAACGUAUUUACUGGAACGAAUACCAACAGUAAUGUCAAUUUUUCAUCAUUUACAUCCCAUACUCCUAGUGAAUUGGGUAACUCUACUACUGCUGUAAAAAACCCUUCAUCUUUUUCUGGUGGCUUCAACUUUGGUAACCAAACAACACCAGCUACCUUUAAUUUCGGUUCUCCUGCAGGUGGAUUUAAUUUAUCUGGUGGUUUUACAUCAUCAACGCCAAUCCAAACUAACUCAAACAAAUCAAAUAACCUUUUGCUAAAGCUAGACAACAACGUCGAAAGGGAAGGAAGUAGUAAAUACUCAUAGUUAUAUAGCAGCCGUUGAUAUUAUAUUUCAACAAAAUCACUUAGAAAAAUGACAUUAAUUUGAAGGACUUUAUUGUUCUAUGUAGAUAGCUUUAUAUUCAUUAUUGAACAUUUAUUCAAUAAAUUUUCUAAUUGUUUUCUUUGCUUUCCCACACACCCCUGUACAUUAGUACAUCAUCCUACCCCCCUGCACAAAGCGAAGAAAUUGAAAAAAUUGUGUUUACAUAGUAACAUUGUUUGAUUUGGAGAGGAGUUACGAGGUUAAGAGCAUUCAAAAUGUGGUUUUUUCUUGUAUGUUUGAUGGGGAAAUUGUACAAUUUAUAUGGAAAUCAAAUUGAAGACGCUGCGAUAGUAUUAGACGGUCAUUUGAAACCAGUUGGCUCUCAGGGAAGAUUUUUAAAUGAAAUACCUGAAUUGAAAUUUGUCCCAGAUGGAAAGUAUUUCUACCAUCAUUUUAUCCAUGGUCGAAAACCAGUUAUGAUUCGAAAUGCUGUACGUGAUUGGCUCGCCAUUAAGAAAUGGUCAAAUGAGACAUAUUUGAAUUCGACUUAUGGAGAUCUUCCAUUUACUGUUCAUAUGUGCAAAGUUUACAAAGACCACUUGUGUGUACGUAAUGACAUGAAUCUUUCUCACUUUCUAAACAUUUACAAAGAAGAAAGUGUCUAUUUAGAUUCACAAUUCCCAGCUUCAAAUAUGCUAAAUGAAAUGAAUCUUCCUUCAAUGCUUCAGUGUCCAGAGAUCAGUAGAACUAUUAGUGACGUUAAUCUUUUAAUAAAUAGUGGAAAUGCUUCUUCACCAAUUCAUCAUGAUGGUUAUGAAAAUAUACUUGCAGUAAUAUCAGGGACAAAGAAAGUUAUCCUGUUUAAUAGUUCAUUCAGUGAGAAUGUUUAUGGAGAUCAGUUUAAUGUUCUACCUGGCCUCUCGCCUAUUGAUCCACAUAAGGUAGAUUUGGAGAAAUUUCCCAAAUUUUCUGACAUCAUAUUUUAUGAGUCAGAAUUGAAUCCAGGAGAUAUUUUAUACAUUCCCCAAUAUUGGUGGCAUCAUGUGACUUCCUCUGGUUCUCCAAAUAUUGCUAUUAACAUAUGGUUUGAAGUCUUCAACUUUCAAAAGCAGUUUGACGAAGCUGGUUACAAGGAAAAUGAGCAUGUAGUCAAGACUGCAGAAAUGUUUGAAAACUUAGUAAAAACUCAAUCAUCCACAAUUGAAUGCAAAGAACAAUCACCCAGUCUUGAUCAAGUCCUAAAAAUUUCUAUCAAUGAUAGUUCCUUUGCAUCCUUACGUAUACCUAAGGUUACAAAACAUCCACCUGAUUUUAAACUGAUCAGUGGCUAUACAAUGCCACCUCUAGGCUUUGGAACAGCAGGACUUCAUCCUAUUGAACAUUUAUCAUCUAUCCUUGCUGCAUUAGACUCUGGAUACAGAUUAUUCGACACUGCCCAAAUUUACGGAACUGAAGUUCCAUUAGGAAAAGCCCUCAAAGAACGCAACAUUUCACGUGAUGAAAUUACGAUAGUAACAAAACUUCAUCCAGAGAAUCACGGGUUUGAUUCAACAAUUUCUUCCGUCUAUAAUUCUUUAAAGAAUCUUCAAACUGACUACAUUGAUGUUUUUCUUAUUCAUACCAAAUAUUGUGACGAUGGUUACUUCAAGUGUCAACAAGUUCCACAAGGUACAUGGCAGGAUAGUUGGAGAGCAAUGGAACGUUUACAUAAUGAUGGAAAAAUACGUAGUCUUGGUGUCAGUAAUUUUGAUCUUGUUGACCUGAAGGAGUUAGUAAACAUUAAAAAAGUUCCUGUAUCCGUCCUUCAAAAUUGGUUUGAUCCAUUCCAUCAAGAUGAAAGUGUUCGUGCAUUUUGUGCAAAACAUCAUAUUCAUUACAUGGGAUAUUCUACCCUAGGUUCUCAGUGGACGAUGUAUGGAGGGCUUCAAUCAAAUCCUGUUCUCACUUCUCCAGUUUUCUUUGACAUCGCAAGUCAUUAUGAAUUUGUGGUUGCUCAAGUUGUCCUGAGGUGGGCUAUUCAUAUGAAUGUGACAGUCAUACCUCGUUCCCAUGAUCCUCGCCAUAUUUUGCUUAACUAUAAAGCUCUUGAAAUUGAGUUAAAUGAUAAUGAAAUCAAACUGAUAACAGAGGAAUGGCGAUCAAGUAAAAGCCAAGGAAAGUCUGAAGAAGAUGGAAGAAUUAUCGAGGAAUCAAUGGAGAAAGAUGAAGAUAGCGUUGGAAUUGGUAAAGAAGAGAAUGUUGUUGAAUCAAAUAUUAAUAAACGAAGUAAUGAUGAAUUAUAAUUCCUCGUAAAUGACUCAGUAAAGAUGAGUUAGAUCGUAGAUAUCACAAUAAUUAGAGGAAUAUAUGUAUGAUUAAAGUGUAUUGUACAUAGUAUUUAAAAAUCUGGAAUGAUUUAAAUAUUUUAGCGAAUAGAUUUAAAAUAAUCCAAAAAGUAAAAAGCAAUGUUUAAACUAA